AUGUAUUUUUUUGGAUAGUUGAUUCGUGACGGCGUGUAUGGUCGAUCUGGAGCCACGCCGCCAGCGCGGGCCGUUUUAGUGAGCGGUACUCUCUCCUCGAUUGGUCAGUUGGUUUGGUGGCAGCAAGCAGCGAAGAACAGUUAUAGUAGGCGGUAAUCUGUUUUUAGUAAGUGUUGCGAAAGAAAGCUCGAUUUGCGGACAACGACAAUGGCUCUUAGCCGUAUCUACUCGUCAAAGUUGGCCAGCGCCAAUAAGAACCUCCUGCCGGUGAUUACCACCUACGUGCGCAAUGCCUCCGACAGCACCGACCUGAAAGCCGUACUCUCCGAAAAGAUCCCCAAAGAACAGGAGCGCGUCAAGAACUUCCGCAAGCAACAUGGUGCCACCAAAGUUGGAGAAGUCAAUGUCGACAUGAUGUAUGGUGGUAUGCGAGGCAUCAAGGGUCUGGUGUGCGAAACCUCAGUGCUGGACCCCGAUGAGGGUAUCCGAUUCCGUGGAUUGUCCAUCCCCGAGUGCCAGAAGGUGCUUCCAAAAGCCCCAGGUGGCUCUGAACCACUGCCCGAGGGUCUGUUCUGGCUGUUGAUCACCGGUGAUGUUCCGACCAAGGCCCAGGUUGAUGCCCUGUCCCGGGAGUGGGCCAACCGUGCUGCCCUGCCAUCGCACGUCGUUACGAUGCUGAACAACAUGCCAACGACGUUGCACCCGAUGUCGCAGCUGAGCUGCGCCGUCACCGCCCUCAACCACGAGAGCAAGUACGCCAAGGCUUACUCCGAGGGUGUGCACAAGAGCAAGUACUGGGAAUACGUGUACGAGGACAGCAUGGAUCUGAUUGCCAAACUGCCAGUCGUCGCUGCCACCAUCUACCGCAACACCUACCGCGAUGGCAAGGGAAUCGGUGCCAUCGACCCCAAGAAGGAUUGGUCCGCCAACUUUACCAAGAUGCUGGGCUACGAAGAUGAACAGUUCACCGAACUGAUGCGCCUGUACCUGACCAUCCACAGUGACCACGAGGGUGGCAACGUAUCGGCUCACACAGUGCAUCUGGUUGGAUCUGCCCUGAGCGACCCUUACCUGUCGUUCGCAGCUGGCAUGAAUGGAUUGGCUGGCCCACUCCAUGGUCUCGCUAACCAGGAAGUAUUAGUUUGGCUACAGAAGCUGCGUAAGGAACUUGGUGACAAUGCCAGCGAAGAUAAGGUCAAGGACUUCAUCUGGAAGACCCUCAAAUCAGGACAGGUCGUUCCUGGCUACGGUCACGCCGUACUGCGUAAGACCGAUCCUCGCUACACUUGCCAGCGUGAGUUCGCACUGAAACAUCUGCCAAACGAUCCCCUGUUCAAGCUGGUAUCCAACAUCUACAAAGUCGUGCCCCCAAUCCUGACCGAACUCGGCAAGGUCAAGAACCCAUGGCCAAACGUAGAUGCUCACUCCGGCGUCCUGCUGCAAUACUACGGACUGAAGGAAAUGAACUACUACACCGUGUUGUUCGGCGUGUCCCGUGCCCUCGGUGUUCUGGCCUCGCUUGUUUGGGAUCGUGCCCUGGGACUGCCAAUCGAACGUCCGAAAUCGAUGUCCACCGAUGGACUGAUUAAGGCCGUCGGUGCCAAGUAAAUUGGCUAUCAACCAACCCUCCUUUUCUUCGAAGAACCAAGUGCGACAUGAAUCAGCGAACCCCGCCUACGGAGAAUGCAAACACGAAAAGAGACAGUGCUUUGACAUCUCGUUCAAGAGAAUGUCGCUUGCGCAGCUGGCAAAAAAGAACAGAACCGAAAAAUUACCAAAUUUUCAAUUUUCCUUUCCUACUCAUUCUUACUUGCGUCUUGUCCUUGAUUUCAGUUUUCAUAAAAGUUCAAAACAAAGGAAAACUGAAUCCCAAACCUUCACACAUAUACAUUUGUAAUAAUUGUAUGAUUUUAAUUAAGAUGUUAAGAGCAUUAGUAACUUAAUUAGUGUUAGGAAUACAAGCGAUAAAGCGUGAAGCUUUGCUCAUUUUCGGGCAUCCCACGUAAGAUAAGGCUCACCUCGUCAUCUGUGUACAAACUCUGUAAAAAAAAGAAUCAACACCAGAUAUUUAAAGUUGGGAGUCUUGCUUAUACGGAAAGCAGAGAAAAACAUGUUUUUUUUAUUUAUUGUCUAUUUAAAACCAACUAAUUUAAAUGAUGAUAAGUGAAACGAAAGCUUUCGAACUACUACAGCAAGGAAAAGAGUAAAAAUUCAAUAAAGAAGACCAAAACAGACGAAAACCCCUCGUUGUUUAUGCGUGUGUUCUAAAGACGAAAAUCAAUCAUCUCUAGGAACGGCUCGCCGCCAUACAAAACAUGUAUAAAUGUAGUUAAAAAAAUGCUACCUCAUAAUCAUCUCACUCUGGAUCUGAAGCCGUUUAAUCAUGCUUGAUGAAUGCUCUAUCGUUGAUUCCCUCGCAUACCGAUUGUAGAGAAUACUGUUGGCAUGAAAUUUAAAAUAAUUACAGUACCUACGCCUGAAACUAGAAACGGAGACUGUUACCGCUGCCUGGUAACUAGUGUCAAACGUAUUCUCUACAUUACAGUGUACAAUGUUUUCCACAAACCUACAAUAUUUUCUACUUUCCCGCCAACUGCUGUUCAGAAUAAUCUUCAACGUGUUUGUGCAAUCUUCUUCGAAUAUUAUAUAAGUCCUCACAUCGACAUCCCUAUACCGCAUAACUAAGGUUCGUUUGCUUCGUUCUUCGACUGGCUCUUAUAACAAGUGAUUGCAAAACACAUAGCUUUUUCCCUGAGGCCCAGAAACAAUAAGUAAAUUAAUAACCGCGCAGAGCAGUGUAAAACAAACCCUAGAUGAAAAACCAAUGAUAAUAAAUUAGUAAGUAGUACAAGCAAAAAUGCAACAAAAGUCGAAGUUCAAUAGUUUUAGUGUAGCGCAAAAUCGUACUCUAUUGGCGUACUUAAUGCGAACCACUUAAAAUAUUGCGAUUAAAAGUGAUGCAAGCCAAAUUGGACGAGUCACACGCUGCUAUAUUGGUAGGUAUAAGGAGCUGCCAUCACCAAAAUAUUUAGCACCGAUAAACGUUUGAUAUUAAAAUCAAUUCAAAGAUCUUUUUUCUUUUAUGCACAUCAAUAGAUACAUAUAGGUACCUCUUUAAGGGAAAAUUCUUUGUUUUGUUCUCUUUGUUCAAAAGUGAAAGCAAUAUAGCAGUUCUGCCGAUUGCAUUAUGUCAGAUUUUUUUUUUAAAUUUGAUUGUUUAUUUUCGGCAAUAAGCGACACCAUGGAAGAAAGUGAGAAAUAAUUUAUUGGAAUACAUUAGAUGGUGAAAUGAA